GGGAAAAAUACACGACCGAUCCUGCGCCGCCGUGGUCGUCUGACACCGCGCGACGUCCCACACCCACCCACACGCCUCGCUCGGCGACACCACACGAUUCUACAAGCGAGGAGGGCGCAUCGAUGAACCAGUCCUCAUUGGGCGGCGCGAGGAAGACGUCGGGAGACUCGGGGCAGUCGGCAGGCGGGGCGGAUCGAUGGACACAACGCAGGCUGCAGCGAUUAAACACCGAGCAGGGCUUCCGCGAGCAACGGCAGGGCGGGCAGGGCGUACAUUCCGCCCCGACAACCACGGCCGGAGAGGCAUUGGGAUCGCCGACGACCUAUUCCUCCUCCUCGCACGCUCAGCCGCGUUCGGCGCAAGCUCCCGCCUAUCACAGCGACCGCUCGGCCCCCACCAACGCUAAUGCCACUUCCGCCAGCCAACCUGUCACCCUCACUUCCGCUACCCGCUCCCCCAAUGCCUCCCACUCCCCAUACACCCUGUCCAGUCAGCAGUACUCCCCCUCCGACUCGACCUUCUCCAACACCACCUCCGACACUACCCGACCCGCUUUGGCCGCCGCCGCCGCCGCCCGGAGCUAUACCCACUCUCAGCCCCUGCAGCAAGGCCCCGGCGAAGACCUCCCCAUGGCUGCCCCGAGCAACAAUGGCAGCCUGGCGCCCAAAAUCGCGCGACCGGUAGCUGUCAAUCGACAGAGUGUACAAAACGGCGCCAGUCUCGCGCCAGGACAACAGCAGUCAGGUGGACUACCGCAGGCCUAUCAAACCAAUCAGCCCCCUGCGGAUACCACGAGGGCGAAGACGCCACAGCCUGUGCAGACCGUAGACGACAUGACGGACGAGGAUGUAAAUCAAUUGAUCAAAGAUCACAAAGAGCUUCGUGAGAAAUAUACCAAGGUGAAGAAGUAUUACUUCGAAAAGGAGGACCAGGUCAAACAGCUCCAAAACAGCCUCGCACACCAACGCCUCUCCCAAUCCCGCACCUCACUCGACGACAGCGAGUACACCACGCGUUUCAACCGCCUCGAUGGCCUCAUCGCACAGCUGGCGUUUGCCAUCCGAAAGAGUUGGAGGACAGUGCCGGCCUGGCUGCGGGCAUCGGUGAACAAAGACGCCAUGCACAUCGGCAAGCAAGAGAUGACGGCGGCGGGCAGGGCCUUCAUCUCCUGCUGGCUCGUCCAAGAGGUCUUUGAAAAGUACUUCCACCCCGAUCUCGACCCGACUUUCUCCGCACAUCUCAAGAGCAUACAACGCCACAUCCGCCUCUUUGCCCCUCCUUCCCAAACGGCCGAGGAGGAGGAAUAUCUCACAUCCAAAGUUGUCAACUGGCGGCUCGCAACGCUAGAAGGCUUGCAGGAAGUCUUGCGCUCCCCGCAAUGCGCCGCAAAUCGCGCGCAGCUCACCGAAUCGCUCAAGCAGCACCUUGUCGGUGCCCUCUCCAUGCACCUCCAAGACCCCACCCCCCCGGAUUUGGAAGGGGGCGUGCAUAUGAUAAUCGAGUUGGUAGUGAGCAUUGCCAGCCAUUUGCCGCUGGAGAGCCGCGACGUGGUGAUUGACUACUUCACCCCGGGCUACGCGAUCUUGCAGGAUCAGAUGAAGUUGGAGACGGGCAUUCCGCCGCUGACGGCGUCUAUUGCAGAGGAUGACACGGGCGCGGAGGACGAGAAUGUUGAUGACGAUGACGACGAACACGACGAGAAUACGAGGAAGAAGGGCGGCGCGGGGGGCAUGUUGGGCGCGUUGACGAGCUCCGGGAGUAAAGCGAAGGGCUCUGGUGGUACGGGCGAUCAGCGCAAGGGUAAUGGAGCAAGCGCUCUCGGGGCCCAGGACGGCGUGUCGCGUGUGCGCAUGGCGGCGGGCAUUGGCGUGCAGAUUCGCGGGCGGAGUGUACUCGUCAAAGCGGCCGUCUUCGCUACUCCAUGAAACGCGCCAAGACUCAUGCGUCGAUGUUAGAGGGAUUGCCAAUGGAAAGCGUCUAUCUCUCGUGUAAAAUGUCCACGUUCGUGUAUUAUUUCCAACGCUCGGGUGGAGUCGCCAGCCUCGCGGAAUCUCUCGCUCGUGUAAUAUGUCCACGGUCGUGGGAUAAAUCUCCGCAC